UUUUAUUUUUGAAUUUCUUUUAUGAACUUUUGGUUUCCCUUCAAUCUCAAGAAAAAGUCGAAUCUUUCGACGAACAGAGAGCUCCGUUCCAGAAUAGAAUCAGAUACAUGCUAACUGUCGGAUUAUUUCUCCAUAGACCUGAAAAUGGAAGAGGAUGGUCCUGAUGCAAAGAAAUGGGAGGACUUGGACAUUGACAUUCUGGUGAAGAUAUUUCAAACUUUUGACAUUUUUGAGUUGACCUCUGGCAUCGCUAGAGUCUGUAGCACAUGGCGUUAUGCUGCUUGUGACCCUCUGUUAUGGAGAACUCUUGAUCUGUCGAUGCUCAAGUCCAAUUUUAUUAAAAUCCCAUUAGAACCUUAUGUUUAUGUGGAUGGGCGAUCUGAUAAAACGCUCACAAGAGUUCUGAAGAUUGCUCUAAAUCUUAGCCGUGGAAACAUAUCGACUUUGAUUUUCCAUUUCAAUCUGUAUGUCAGUGAUGAUCAGUUGACAUAUACUGCUGAAAGGUGCCCAAGGCUGAAACGACUAGUUUUGCCUGCAUGGAAUCGAAUAAAGAGAAGCGGAAUAUGCAAAGCCAUAAGCAUGUGGCAAGAUCUUGAAUCACUAACGAUGCCGAGCAUAGCCAAUCCUCCCUACAUCAUGGAAGAAAUCUCCAAAAACUGUAAGAAAUUUUCGGAGCUCAAAAUCAUGGGGCCAUGCGACAUGUUCUUUGCACAUACACUUGCAAAUUGCUUACCAAACUUAAAAGUGUUGAGCCUACGAUGCUCGAUGCUGUUCAAGGACGCACUACUAAUAAUCUUAGAUGGGUUAAAGCAUCUGGAAGUGCUUAAUAUAUCCCAUUGCAUCCUAAUAGAAGUUCCUCCUCCACCUGCUCCUAGAAAAGUUCUAAAGGAGCUCGAUGAGUCAAUCUUGGAAAAGGCGUGUGGGAUACGGGAGUUGGUGACAUGUAUGGACGAGGUGUGUGUUAUGUGUCGGAGAACGAGGCUGGAUGAAGGGUUGAUGAGGUGGUAUAAAUACGAGGAAGGGCUUUGGAAAGAAGAUGAGAUCAAGUGUCUUGCAAUUUAAAUAAGUAAGUAACCCCAUCUUCUAUCUAUUUUUUUUUAUCGUAAACCCUUUAGUUUGUAUAUUAUCCGUUCGCAUGUAGAUUGUAGAGAAGGCAGACAGGAAAGUUUUGUGCUCAAGAACUCUGCAAGCCCCGUUUUCUUUGUUUUUCUUUGUUUUUCUUUUUGUACAUCUUGGUGGUAUUGACACAUUAGAUCCCCGAGUCUAUAUAAUGAUAUGCAAAAACAUCUCAUCCGUAUUUAUUGACGACAAAUUUACAUCCCGACA